CCCGGGCCUAUAAAUCCGCGGCGGCCGCCUCCGCCCCAAACCCUCGCGCCCCAUCGUCUCCGCCCGCCGCUCCCCGCUCUCGUCUCCUUGCUCGCGCAGGCUAGGGUUCUCUCCACGAGAGGCGGCGCCAUGUUGGUCUACCAGGAUCUGCUCACCGGCGACGAGCUCCUCUCGGACUCGUUCCCGUACAGGGAGAUCGAGAACGGCAUCCUCUGGGAGGUCGACGGCAGGUGGGUCGUCCAAGGAGCUGUAGAUGUUGACAUUGGUGCCAACCCGUCUGCCGAGGGUGGUGGCGAUGAUGAGGGUGUUGAUGAUCAGGCGGUGAAGGUUGUUGACAUUGUUGACACCUUCCGUCUUCAGGAGCAACCUGCCUUUGACAAGAAGCAGUUUGUGACCUUCAUGAAGCGCUACAUCAAGAACCUUACUGCCAAGCUGGAGCCGGAGCAGCAAGCGGAAUUCAAGAAGGGCAUUGAGGGUGCCACCAAGUACCUUCUUGGAAAGCUCAAGGACCUCCAGUUCUUUGUUGGCGAGAGCAUGCAUGAUGAUGGAAGCCUGGUGUUCGCCUACUACAAGGAUGGAGCCACCGACCCAACCUUCCUCUACUUCGCGCACGGGCUGAAGGAGAUCAAGUGCUAGACGGGCGCGCCCUGACCCCAUAUCUGGGAUGUUAUCAUCUAUGUAGUACUGUCCCUUUCUUUUUUUGUUGUAGCCGCUGCGGCGGACUCUAGCGUCCUGUGUCGUAGUUGGUUACUAUAUCCGCUUGCUUGUUCGUGACGUGCUGAGAAGAGUGUUUUGGAAACGACUGUCGGAAGAUUGAUGGAUUAUGUCUGAAACAAUUGGUCUUUUUCCUCGUAAUGGGCAAAAGAUAGAUGAAUCUGUUAUUACC